AUGGUUAAGAAAAAUUUGAAUCCUUUGAAGAUCGAUUACAGAAGAUGCAUUGUGGAAGAUCGACUGCUACAAAUCAGAAAUGAAAAAAUCAUAGACGUCGCCGACCCUGUUAGGGUAUGGACAAUUGACAUUGAUGCCAAAGAUUCCAAACAAAUAGUUGACUUUAUUCGACGUACAACUCAACCUAAUGACCCGGUACCUUUAAUGCAUGUUAAGAGGAUCAAGAAAAAGAAUGCUGAGAAGAAGAUUCUUUGCGUACUCAUAUGUUCUGUGGAAAUGGCUCGAGAGAAAUCAGAAGUAGCCUCGUUACUCGAACAAGCGGUACCGAAUCUCAAAUUUAGUAAUUUGGAAAACACCCAAUGCGUUCCACGUCAAGCGGCACCUACAAAGGAAUUGGUCGUGGAAUGGUCUAAUGAAUAUUGGCCACUAACAUGGUAUGGUAACCCGAAUGAUCAAAUUUUGAAUGAUUAUGUAUUUGAUAUGGAUUUUAUUAAAUCUUUAUUGGCACUUAUAAGCAGCAGGUCGAAGGAAGAGCUGCAAAAUGGUAACAAAUUUCCCAUUGUGACCGCAUUUGUAAAUCCCAGAGAUACUAAAAAUCCAAUAAUAUCGGUAGAUAGCAGAGAUCAUCAUGAUCAUACUUUGUUAGAUCAUAGUAUAAUGUCGGGCAUCAAAUCAGUAGCUGAAAGGGAGGCAGAAAGACGAUAUCAAGUGGAAAAAGGUGAUAGGGAGGACACGGGAUCCGUAUAUUUAUGCUUUGAUUUUGACGUAUACACCACACAUGAGCCCUGUUCGAUGUGUUCCAUGGCUCUUAUUCAUUCUAGAGUGAAAAGAUGCAUUUUCCUGCAACCAAUGAUUAAAACCGGAUGCUUGAAGACGGAGAGCGGUAAUGGUUAUUGUAUGCACAAUAAUAGAAAACUCAACUCAAAAUACGAAGUUUUCCAAUGGAUAGGUAAUGAAUAUCCUAUCCCGACUAUUGAUGAAAAUAUAUGUUGUUAA